AGACGUAAACGUAGACUCCUUCAUUUCUUCUUUCCAUCUCUUCAUUAUCUCAAUCUCCUUUCUCUCUCUACUUUUUUUUUUGCUCUUUUCCGGCCAGUCUGCCACCUUUUUCCGGCCAACUAAUCGCUAUUAAUUCCAAUCUUUGAUUAUAAAUUUCCAUUCCAUUAAUUCAAAAAAAUUUCAUUUUUUUUUUAAUUUCUUGAUUGUUUUUGUUAUGUUUUUGAGUGGAAUUCAAUUAUUUGUUCCAUAUAGAGCAGCAAAAAUUUAAAGCUUUGAAAUUUGUUGUUUUCUCAAGCUAUUCGGUGGAAAUUGAGGGCGAAACGCGACGGAAUCGAAGCGGUUUGUUUCGUUUUGUUUUGUUUUGAUUGGAGUCAGUUGGUUCGUUUUGGGGCUUUUCUGAAUUUUUUUUGGAUUUUUAUGAGGAUGGAGAAACUUGUGACUUGAGAUUGCUAAUUGGGGCUGUUUCUUUUUGUGGGUUUCUCAAAGAAACAGCCUGGGGUUAUGAUAAGAGGUCUAGGGUUUGGAGAAUCACAAGUUUUCCAUUUCCUUCUGGGUGUGCUUGUUUAUCUCUUUCUCUGCGUUUUGGGGAUGAGGAAUAAUGAUGGCCCUAAGCCUCAUUCGGGUCGGACCAACGGGUUCAUUCCCACUUCGUUUCGGGCGAUUUCGGGUUAUUUGAGGAUCGUGUCGUCCGGUGCUUCCACUGUUGCGUCGACGGUGCGUUCGGCAGCGUCUUCAAUUGUGGAUAGAGAUGAUGAUGCCAACCAUGAUCAGGUGCAAUGGGCUGGGUUUGACAAGUUAGAAUGUGAUGGAAACAUCAAUCGGCAAGUUCUCUUGCUUGGAUAUCGAUCUGGAUUCCAGGUCUGGGAUGUUGAAGAAGCAGAUAAUGUGCGUGAUCUAGUGUCCAGACAUGAUGGUCCUGUUUCAUUUUUGCAAAUGCUACCAAACCCAGUUGCAUCAAAGGGAUCCAAAGACAAGUUUGCAGACAGCCGCCCAUUACUGGUAGUUUGUUCAGAUGGAUCUCUUUCUGGAGGUGGUAACAUACAGGAUGGAUUUGGCACUCCUUACAAGGAGGGCAUCCCAAAUAGCCAUGAUACAGUGAAUGGCAGUGCUAUGCCUACUGUAGUUCGUUUUUAUUCCUUGAAAUCUCAGUCUUUCGUGCAUUUUCUGAAGUUCAGGUCAGUAGUUUAUUCUGUAAGAUGCAGCUCCCGAGUGGUUGCUAUUUCUCAAGCAGCUCAGAUACACUGUUUUGAUGUUGCAACAUUGGAGAGGGAAUAUACUAUUCUCACAAAUCCGAUAGUAACUGGUUCUCUUAGCUCAGGGAGUAUAGGCUAUGGACCUCUUGCAGUGGGUCCCAGGUGGCUGGCUUAUAGUGGCAGUCCUGUUGUAGUCUCAAAUUAUGGGCGCGUUAGUCCUCAACAUUUAACAACUUCUGGAAGUUUCUCUGGUUCUGCUUCAAAUGGGAGUCUGGUUGCACACUAUGCGAAAGCAUCGAGCAAGCAACUUGCAGCUGGAAUUGUGUCCUUAGGAGACAUUGGAUAUAAGAAGCUGUCCAGAUACUGCUCUGAGCUCCUACCUGAUUCCAAUAAUUUGCCACAUUCUGGGAGUCCUGGUCCUGGGUGGAAGGGAAAUGGAGCUGUCAAUGCCCAUUUUCCAGAUGCAGACAAUGUUGGAAUGGUUAUUGUCAGAGAUAUUGUCACUAAAUCUGUUAUUACUCAGUUUAAAGCACAUAAAAGUCCUAUUUCAGCAUUAUGCUUUGAUCCUAGUGGGACCCUUUUGGUGACAGCCUCGGUUCAGGGUCACAACAUAAAUGUCUUCCGAAUAAUGCCCGGGGUAGCUGGAAGUUCAUCUGGAUCAGAUACUUGUGCAUCUUAUGCACAUCUUUACAGGCUGCAACGUGGUUUCACAAAUGCAGUCAUACAGGACAUCAGUUUCAGUGAUGACAGCAAUUGGAUUAUGAUAAGCUCCUCAAGGGGGACAAGCCAUCUGUUUGCUAUAUCCCCUUCGGGAGGAUCAGUAAAUCUUCAGCCUUCAGACUCUUCUCCUACUGCUAAAAAUAGUGGAUUGGGUGUACCAACUAAGCCAGCUGUUCGCUGGCCACCUAAUUCUGGGCUACAAAUGCUUAGUCAACAAAACUUUUGUGCAUCUGGUCCCCCGGUUACUCUUUCUGUUGUUAGCAGAAUAAGAAGUGGAAAUAAUGGAUGGAGAGGCACUGUAACUGGUGCUGCAGCAGCUGCAGCAGCUGCAACCGGAAGGAUGAGUUCCCUUUCUGGGGCUAUUGCUUCGUCUUUCCACAACUGCAAAGCUAAUGAUUUAUUUUCCAAUAGCAGCUCCUUGAAGGAAAAAUACCACCUUCUGGUUUUCUCUCCUUCCGGUUGUGUAAUACAAUAUGCUUUGCGAAUUUCAACUGGAAUAGAUUCUACCACUGUUGUUUCUGGGUUGUCCACUGGAUAUGAAUCAACUCCUGAUGGUGAUGCGAGAUUAGUGGUUGAGGCUGUCCAGAAAUGGAAUGUUUGUCAAAAACAACAUCGAAGAGAGCGUGAAGAUAAUACUGACAUAUAUGGUGAAAAUGGAAAUACAGAUAGCAGCAAAAUAUUUCCUGAAGGAAUUAAAAAGGAAAAUGCUUUCCACCCAGAGACUAGGAGUGGAGUUUCAAAAAGUAAGAUCAGUCCUGAGGAAAGGCAUCAUUUGUAUAUUUCAGAAGCAGAACUGCAGAUGCAUCAAGCUCAAAACCCAUUGUGGGCAAAACCUGAGAUAUACUUCCAGACGAUGAUGGUUGAUGGAUUGGAAGAAAAUGUUUUGGGAGGGGAAAUUGAGGUCGAAAGGUUUCCAACACGCAUGAUUGAAGCAAGGUCAAAAGAUCUAGUUCCAGUUUUUGACUAUCUUCAAACUCCCAAAUUUCAAAAAGCAAGGGUUCCUGUUUUAGAUAGUAAUAUAAAUGGGCAUCUACUUCAUCAUAAGUCUGGACCAUCUGAAAAUGGCAGGCUAUCUCGCAGGAGCAGCUCUGGCUCUCUUGACUUAGUAGCUGAUGGUGGUGUAGCAGUAGCUGAACAUCCCACUGGUAUCGAAGAAACUGGUUGGAACGGUCUUCGGAUGCCAGAAACAGACAAGGGCUUUGUAAAUAGCAAUGACAGGCCUAAAACAAAGACGCUCGAGACUGUAAAUAAUAGAGAGAGCUUUAAGAUGGAGGCUCAACACAAGUUUGUAAAUAAUAACAAAGAUGGCCUGAACGUGGAGAAUCAAUUAGAAGAUGCGGAUGAUGAGUUUGAUUAGAGGUGUGCAGAAAUUCUUUUAUUCUCCAGGGAGGUUAAUUAACGGUGUCAUGGUGGAAAUUGUAAAGAGUGAGGCAUAGGUGGGGUUGACUGGAAACUGAAAUUAUGGGAUACUAAGUUGCUGGGGUUUUCAUGUUCUGUUGACUAUGUAAAUAACAGACUUAACAGACUUCAGAAUAUGUUCCGAAUAAUCAGUUGUAUUAUGUAAAUAAUAGCAUGACUUUAUAAACCCUUGGUUGCUUAGUCUUUUAUUCCAUUAAUUUAAUUUUAUUUGUUCCCA